UGUGUGCGCUCACGGAUUAAGCGUGAUAACUGGCCCAAAAUUUCGGUUCAGCCAUAUUUACCACAGGCUAUAACGUUUGGAAGAGCUAAAUGAAAGUCUGAGACGUAAAGAAACCCACUUGACAUCUUAAGUUUCUCUUGUCAAGGCAGAGAGAGCGGUAGAAGGGUAAAGGAAAGAGGAAAGUCAGUUAGGCAUUAUCAGUGGGAGCGCUGCUUUCAGAAUCAAAGCUGCAGGUACUUUUAAAGGGUGUCAGGUUCAAGCACUGUCACUCAGCCGCGCACCAGAGACAGUAAUAGUGGGAUACACUCAAAGGAACGACCGAACGCACGAUGGAUCGCAAAAUCCCCGAUUUUGCUGGUACUUGGAAAAUGAAAAGCUCCGAGAACUUCGAAGAGCUUCUCAAAGCACUAGGUGUGAACGUGAUGCUGCGUAAGAUUGCGGUCGCAGCUGCGUCAAAGCCAUCCGUGGAGAUUACGCAGGAUGGAGAAACCCUGUCAAUCAAGACCUCCACCUCUGUAAGGACCACCCAUGUCACCUUCACAGUUGGACAGGAGUUUAAUGAGGCCACUGUGGAUGGACAUCCCUGCACGAGCUUUCCUCGCUGGGAAACAGACAGCAAGAUUAGUUGCGAACAGACUUUGCAGAAGGGUGAGGGUCCAAAAACCUCAUGGACCAGGGAGAUAACCAAUGACGGCGAACUGAUUCUGACCAUGACUGCAGACGAUGUGGUGUGCACAAGAGUUUAUGUCAGAGAGUGAAAGUAUGAGGAAACAGGAAGAAAAUCCAUCCAGAUCACUCUCUUUCCUUGUUAACCACAAUGACUGUGAUUUUAUAUCAUCUAUUUCCUUUCUCCCUCAUCUCUUCUUUCAUUUUUUGUUGACAAUGUAUUUGAAUAAUACAUCAGAGAGCCAUGCAAAUAAUUCAUGUGAGGUUCUAGAUUUGGUCAAAAUUGGGUCCUGAUUUGUCAUUUAACAAAAACAUCAUUUUGGGCUCAAAAGCACUUUUAAGGGUUGGUCUUCACAUAGAUGAGGACCUGGAAAUCUGAAGCUUGGAAACCAGACUUUGGUGUGACAGUUCAUAAUCACCACUGAAAAAUAUCAGUAAAGAUGCCGUCACCUGCUAUUGUAUAUUUUCACAGGUGAAAUAUAGUAAUAUCAACAGUUUUCUCCAUUAAUGGGAAUUUCAUGUAAGGGUGAAAGAUUUCCACGUACAGAUUUCAGAACAGGUGAAAUGAUUUCUGUGUAAGCUGUGCUUCAUACAUCACUACUUUAAUGACAAUAGACAAUUGACGUUUUUCACCUGCAAAAUUUCACUAAUGUGACCGUAACUUAAAGGGAUAGUUCGCCCAAAAAUGAAAAUUCUGUCAUUAUUUACUCACCCUUAUGUCGUUCCAAACCUAUUCAACUCAUUCAUAUUUCAUAUUUUUGAUG